CAAAUGUUUCUAUAGAAACUCACACACAUGAGGAAGUAGAAGGGACGGGAAAGUGGAGUUUGUUAUGAAUAAAGUUGUUUAGCUUUAGUAAAAUAGCUGCCGUUUACUAACCAUUACUACUGUUUUCUGGAAACUACCUACUUACAUUUACUGAAAUGGGUGCAACUGCCAGUAAACUACCGAAGGAUCGAUUAUCGGAAUAUCAGGAACUUACUUUCCUAACGAAGCAAGAAAUAUUGCUGGCACAUAAACGAUUCACUGAACUCCAGGAAAGAAAUGACAGACAGGAUCUUGAUUCUCGGAUUCCCAUGAGCAAAAUUCUAACAUUGCCUGAACUCAAGUCCAAUCCCUUUCGAAAAAGGAUCUGUAAUGUAUUCUCCACCUCGGAUGUGAAGGAUGGGAGCUUGAGCUUCGAAGACUUUUUGGAUCUACUUAGUGCCUUCAGUGAUUCAGCAACACUGGAAAUUAAGUCUCACUAUGCUUUUAGAAUUUUCGACUUUGAUGAUGAUGGCACACUUGAUGCUACGGAUCUUGAGAAAUUGGUGAACUGUCUGACUGGGGAUACAGCGGACACGAGACUCACCCCUGAAGAAAUGAGACAGCUCAUAAGCAAUAUUCUUGAGGAAUCCGACAUUGAUAAAGAUGGAACUGUAAACCUCUCAGAAUUUCAGCAUGUUAUCUCCAGGUCUCCAGAUUUCAUAAGCUCAUUCAAGAUUGUGCUGUAAAGAUUAGGAAGAUCUGCACAAUAUCUGAUGUCCAGUGUGUUUUCAAUUAAACCUGCACUUUGCUCUUUUACUGAUUGUAUUAAUAAAACAUUUUAAUUGUUGUUCUAA